AUGGCCUCUGACAUAUCCUGGCAGCUAAGCUGGGUGAUCUACGGGUUCUGGGGAGGGAUAUUGUUGGUAGGCAUCGCCCGUCGCCUGAUUCACUCCCUCCUCUCCACCCGCCGAGCUGAACUUGGCCGUGACCUCGAAGGUCGCCAAAGACGAAGCGAACGCUCUUCUUCGCCUCUGUACGGUGGUGUUCAACACUGGAUCAGAGCGAACCUGACCACUCCCGCCGCAUUCGGCUCGAAACACCAACGACGCUCGUGGUUUGGUACCAUUCCUACGAGAAUCGAAGCGAUCGUGGUUACAGCUUUCUACCUGCUGGUAGCCACUCUGUGUUGUGUUUCAUACGAUGUCUCGUGGUCUAGUACCCACUACACCCAAGCGAACGAACGAUGGCGUACUAUAGCCGACAGAACCGGGAAGAUCUGUUAUGCCACACUGCCCAUCUUGUGGAUAUUCGCAGGGAGAAACAACAUUUUCCUCUGGUUGACUGGAUGGAGUUUCUCUACCUUCAAUGUCUUUCACCGGCACAUCGCGCGGGUCGCCACGAUACUGGCAAUAUUGCACUCUGUCGCAUUCAGUGCUAUUGAAGCAAAUAAAGGGCAUCUCGCACAGUCUUGGAAGGAGAGAUUUUGGUACAUGGGUGGAAUGGCAACCAUUUCCUUGUCGCUUCUGCUAGGUUUCUCGUCAUCCUUGUUCAGGAAACGUUGCUACGAAGUAUUUCUGCUCAUUCACAUCGCCCUCUCAGUUGUCGCAAUUGUCGGGCUCUUCCACCAUACAGAGAUGUUUGCCAACAAGUUCAACGAUUAUCUUUGGCCUGUGGUCGCCGUCUGGGUGUUCGAUAGAUCUGCUCGGGUUGUGCGACUAGUCUAUUGCAACUUCCACCUGAGUUUUUCUGGAGGACCGGUGGUGACCAAAACCACCGCAACGUACCUUCAAGAUGCCAAUGUUAUCCGAUUGGAGGUCAUUCCAGGAUCGAACCUUCUCAAGCCUGGACCGGGGCAGCAUUAUUUCAUCUACCAGCCGGCGAAGUGGAAGGGAUGGGAGAAUCAUCCGUUUACGCUUGGGGCGUGGCAUGGCCUCAAACAACACGACAAUGCCGCCAUCAUGUCAUGCUCAACCUCGGACGACAACACCGUCAGAAAGAAGGAUGUGGAAAUUCAGGUUCUGCCCGUGAAUUCGCCAAUGACGCCGAUUGGUGCGAACUUCCCAUCUCAGAGACGGAAAAGCAUUACUCAAGUCUCAGAAUACAAAUUGGUAUUCUUUGUUCGACCAUAUAGUAGCUGGACAAUGCGGCUGAAGGAGGAGUGCCUCAAGUCACUUUCUGGGUCUGUCAAAGCAACGACUCUCAUCGAAGGUCCCUAUGGCGAGCGCAGUCCACUCCAUCAGUUCGAAACGGUCGUUCUCAUUGUCGGAGGCACUGGGCUGUCCGGAGCUUUGCCAUAUUUACUGGAUCAUGUCAACCGCUCAGCAUCUGGCCAAACACAAACUCGACACAUUACUUUGAUCUGGUGCGCAAAGCAGGCUGCCAUGAUUCGGGACGUGGCUGCUCGAGAAUUGCAGUUGGUCCUAGACCGAGAAGACGUGAAUGUGUACUUCCACGCGACAUCGCAGUACGAGAUUCCCAUCGCAAUGGAGGCAAGCAACAUCGAAAAAUGGGUACACGCUUACCCGCAGCUGAUGAUUUCAUAUCGUCGGCCCGACAUUCGACGUACAAUACGUUCGGUCGUUGAAAAUGCUCAUGCUGCGGGUUCAGCUGGCGGGAAGGUGGCGAUCAUGACUUGUGGUCCGGCUGCCAUGGCGGAUGAAGCAAGAUCUGUAAUCCAUCAGGUCCUAAAGGGAGGUAUGAACAAUGUCGAGUACUUCGAAGAGACUUUUGGAUGGUAAAGAAGGAGCAAGGAUAAACCGAUUCGAGAAGCAGGAAUGCAUUGGUCAGUGCAUGAAAUGCUUAUGGGGAGAUUGGCGGAUGGAUGAAGCAUCUUAGAUUUGACCGUGAUUGCGGAAAUUCACAGCAGUCGUCAUUGGUGUUGG